GCAUGAGUUUCGUAUUUGAAGUAGCCUACUAAUCUCAAUUCAGCAGUCUACGUUUUACUGUCAUCAUGACAGACACGGAGUUCGCGCUUAAAGAAACUCAUGAGCCAAUGGCGAACGGACACACCGGAGAGGGAAACGGCGUGGAGCCGGGCGUCCCUGAAGCCAGUAUGGAGUUCCACAUCCUCAUGGCAUACGCCAAAAGACGCCGGCCCUCAGAUAAGCGUUUGCGGAGCCAGCCCAGCAUCACCACGCCAGCGUCCACGACAGAGGCCAACCAUGACUCGCAGAAUACCCCACCAAAGAAGAAGAAGAAGAAAUGGUAUCAUAAGCUGCCCUGUCUCCGCCCAAUGAUCGAAGAUCCAGAUCCGCAGUCGGAUCAAUCAGAUGAUGAUGAAAGUAGACCCCAGUUUGCUAUGAUAGAGGCGGAAUCCGAAUCGGACAAGGUGGCUGGCAAGCUGACCCAGAUAUCAACCACCGUGCCCUUUCUCGAUGGCGAACUGGAGGCAGACUGUGGCGAAGACAAGCUUGUUCAGGAGAUUGCGAAUUUACUUCGCGAUUCUGGUGACGAUUUAAAUGAAAAGAUCAAGAACGACAAAGACCUUCACGAUCGCUUCCUGGCGGCAUCCUUCAACUACAGCCUCUUCUCGAGGAUCACCACGGCUUUCCUCGGGAAGCUCAACCUGUCCAGCACACCUGUCCAGAAUGAGGAGGCCAAAAUCGCCAUGACCUGUGAGGUGGCGACCCGCCUCAGCACCAUGGACCCAGAUCCUAUGCACCAGACCAUGGUCUUCGGUUCCCGCUACCUGCAUGACAACUUCUCAACCUGGUUCAAACAGCAUGGAGGCGGCGACCAAUCUUACAAACAAGAUGAGGAACAGGAUUGAGGAACAAGUUUCAUGGAUUCCCUGCCACAUUCCUAUUGGUUGCGCUGUCAAAAUGGCCGUUUCUCAUUGGUUAAUCUCAGGAUUAUCUGCCCUGUGUUACUUCCAGAAAGCUGACACACACUGCCAUGUCUGCCCAUGAAGUCACAUUGAUGUACUGAGGACAUUACGGGUAUUUCAAGAGUGGUAGUAGAUAUCACUUCUCGCUGUAGUGUGCUCUGUCUUGAGACUCUUGCAUGUUGAGACAUUUUACACAAAGUGUCAAUCACCAAAAGAAGGGCAAUCUUGAACAUGACCUCUGGGAGAUGAGCAGACUUUGUAGCAGACUGUACCCAGUCCCUGAUCGAUAGCAGACUGGCCCCCAUCAUUGCCAGAGGCUGUUGAUGCAUGGCCGUGUAUUGGGAUUGUAAUCUGGCUGUGCAUUGGGAUUAUAAUCUGGCUGUUUGUUGGGGUUGAAAUCUCUGCCAAACACUAUCCGUUGAAAGGUCACCUCAAGACGGUGGAGGUAACUCGACAAAAGUAUAUAGCGGACCAUCAUUUUUUUUCUUUCUUUUGUUAAAAACACUCAACAUGUGCACUUUUUUUUGUGAAAUGUUUGAUCAGUAUUUAAGCAUCACUUAUGAUAAUC